UUCUGACAGUUUAAACUCAAGUCAAUAUUGACAUGUCAAAGGUCAGUCAGUGGAAAGGUGUGGAGUGUAAACGGAUUUUACACUGUUUAAUGUUCUCUUCGUGAAAUAAUUAGUCCGUUCUAAAUGUUGUAUUAGUGAAGUGUUUUAAUGAAAUCAGCUUUCGAUUUCUAAAUUGGAUUAGUCCCAGCUAGCAAAAUGGCUUCUGGAGACACAAUCGAAACUAUUCAAACUAUGGAUACUUUUCAAAUGACAAAUAUGAAUAGCUCCAAGGAUAUUCCAGGAUUUCGUGAAUCAUCAGAUACGGAAGAAAUUGAUGAUAAAGACGAUAACUCGGUGGCGUUCAAAAGCGUACAAGACAUUAACCAAAAAACUCUUCCAAGUGAUAAUAAACCUAAAAAUGAAAGAGAAAGAAAAAUCGGACAUCGGCGGGUUGGCGUGGGUGGUGAGAUCACGUACAAGAAAAUUCAGUCAACGCAGAUUAUGGGUUCGAUUCAAUUGGGCAUUCAGCAUGCUGUGGGCGGAUUGGCAUCGAAACCUGAAAGAGACCUCUUGAUGCAAGAUUUUAUGACGGUGGAAACGACAAAUUUUCCUAGCGAAGGAUCAAAUCACACGCCAGCUCAUCAUUAUUCGGAGUUUAAGUUCAAAAAUUACGCACCCAUAGCUUUCAGGUACUUCCGAGAUCUAUUUGGAAUCCAACCCGAUGACUUUUUGAUGUCAAUGUGUAACACGAGAUUAAGAGAAUUAUCGAAUCCCGGUGCUAGCGGUUCCAUCUUUUAUGUCACUUUCGACGAUGAAUUUAUCAUUAAGACGGUUCAACAUAAAGAAGGAGAGUUUUUACAAAAAUUGUUAGCAGGAUAUUAUAUGAAUCUCAAUCAGAACCCUAGGACGUUAUUGCCGAAGUUCUUCGGACUUUAUUGUUAUCAAUGUAAUAGUAAAAAUGUAAGACUGGUCGUCAUGAAUAAUUUAUUACCUAGUAGCAUAACUAUGCACCAGAAGUAUGAUCUUAAGGGUAGUACCUACAAAAGAAAGGCUUCAAAGGCAGAACGAGCCAAAAGAAAUCCGACCUAUAAAGAUCUGGACUUCAUGGAGCAUCAUCCUGAAGGUAUAUUUAUGGAGGCAGAUACUUAUAAUGCUUUAACGAAAACAAUUCAUAGAGACUGUAGAGUAUUAGAAAGUUUUAAAAUUAUGGAUUAUAGUUUAUUAUUAGCAAUACAUAAUUUGGAUCAGGCGCAGAAAGAAAAAAUGGAACGAAAAUCUCAAAGUAACAUAGAUAGGUUAGUACCUGAGGGUCAGCUAGGCGAUACUAGUUCGGCUCUAAUUCUCGAAGAAAGGGAGAGAGAAAAAGAAGACAGAAUGGGAGCUGCAGGUGCAUUAAACCGUAGCAAAUCGAUAAAUAGACAAAGGCUGGUUGCACAUUCCACUGCUAUGGAGAGUAUUCAGGCUGAAUCUGAACCUAUAGACGAGGAUGACGAUACACCACCCGGCGGUAUUCCGGCAAGAAACGCAAAGGGUGAACGUCUUCUUUUGUUUAUAGGAAUAAUUGAUAUUUUGCAGAGUUAUAGAUUAAAGAAAAAAUUAGAACAUACGUGGAAGUCUAUGAUACACGAUGGUGAUACAGUAUCGGUACAUAGACCUAGUUUUUAUGCUCAGAGAUUCCAGAAAUUCAUGUCACAGACUGUGUUUAAGAAGAUUCCAUCACUGGACUUACCUGAAAUUAAAGGCAAUCACCGCAAGUUUCGUAACCUGGUAACCAGCUAUAUAGCUUUGAAACAUUCUCCAUCGAAGAGGAAAUCGUUAUCUCGACCUUUAGGAAGACAUGAAGAAGCUAGCGAACGAGAAACUACAGUUCAGGUGAAGGUGAAUAAUACUAUUCCUCAUAGUGGAAGUAAAACAGCCUCCCAAUCCGAAGUAACGUCGACAAAAACCCCACUACCACCCGCAUACCCUUCAUCCGGCACCCCCAUGUCCCCAGCCUCAUCAAUAACUUCUCCACCGUCGGCCUACCCCGCCGUCUUGGUGGGAAGAUCGAGCAGCGAAAGUAAAGGCAAAGUGCCUCCCCCGGUACCGCCUCGGGGAACACCAAAAGUGAAGCGUGGAGGAGGCGAGCACCAGGACAAAGGUGCGGUAGAUCUAGUAGACGACGCUUCUGGCUGGCAUGUGCCCGAACCUCGUGAUCUCAAGAUUGAGUAUAGUAUUGCUCCGAGCUGUUGCAGUACACCUCCACCGACGUACGAAGGCUUAGACGAUGAUCCAUCUCACGUGCGGUUGGCAAUGGGAGCAGCAUCAUCAUUGCCGACGCACGUGCACUCAGGCUCAGGCUCUCAUUCCUCUCAAUCAACACAAUCCUACGUUUCCUUACAUCAUAUCGCUGUUAGAAAUUAUAAGGACGACUCAGUGAGGAUCAACCAUUUUGAUUAUACUGCAUCCGAGGUUUCCGAAUUUUAUAACAACCGCCGAAUUUUUUCUCUCUAUAGACACAGCAUAAGUGACAUUAAGCUAGAAUCUCGUCCAGAAAACAAAUCAUCAUCGCUUAGUGUAGAAUCGGGCAGUUCAGGUGCGGGUGGAUAUUCGAGUCAUUCCAGGGGGUUGGCAUGGACACCCCCGACCUCCGUUGAAGGCUCCACUCCGACCUGGACUGAAGGUACACCCUCUUUUACCGAAUCAUCAAGUAGUGGAGAUAUGGGUUGUCCAACGACUCCCUUGAGGCAAGGAACCCAUACGUCUUCGAAAUCUCAUCACAAGAAAACCGUGGAACACGCUAUCAACUGUCUUACCACUGAAAUGAAUUCUUCCAUUUUGACAAGUGAACCGUCUCGGGCGAGGAAUAAGUAACGACGUACUUUGGAAAAAGUCGCAUAAAGUGUUACUCUGCUAGGCCUUGUUAUGGUUAGUGGCUGCAAGCCCUCCAAAGAGAUAAUAUUAUCCAGCUGCAGAUGUGGAUCGUUCGCCGGCUUUUGAGACACAAACCCGCCCGAAGCGUUCAUUACCUAAAACUGCUGGUGUUUUUGUGAAGCUUUAAUAUCAAUGUACAAAAUUUGGUGGCACGUUUUGUUGUAAAAUUUUGCUGCAGAUGAACUGUGAUGGGAUUACAAUGUGGCCAUUAUAAACCUGUCAUGAUUUAUCAGCUUAUUAUUAUAUAAAUAUAAAUAUAUAAGAAUUAAUAAGUUA